AUGGAGCCCGUGACCGUGACACACUCCCACCGGCUAUCCCAGAUCACUCAGCCCCAGGAGAUGCCACGGUCACUGCUGCUGCUGCUCGUGCUGUGGGCAGGGUCCCUGGCUCAGCCUCAAAGCUUUUGGCUGGAAAUUCCGAGGAUCGUGACGGUGGAGGAGGGCCUGUGUGCCUUCAUACCCUGCCGUGUCCACUUCUAUCAUCCAGAGACCCAGGGUACCUUUAGGUAUGGCUCCUGGAUCCGGGAAGAGACCAAAUCCCAGAGUGAGUUAGCGCUUGAGAGGAUCUACAACUGGAAACGCCUCACCAGAAUCCGCCAGACUGACACCUGCUCCCUGAACAUCACGGAUGCCCACAGGUCGGACACAGGCUCCUACUUCUUCACCUCUGAGCCGUACACCAAGUCAUAUGGUUACUCAUACGACAGCUCAGAGAAUCGGCUCUACUUGCAAGUGGUGGCUCUGACACAGACCCCGGUCAUCCUUAUCCGGGAGACCCUAAAACCUGGCCACAGUCAGAACAUAACUUGUGCAGCUCCCUGGGCCUGUGAGGCGGGGACACCCCCCACCUUCUCCUGGAGUGGGGAUGCCGUCUCCUCUCUGGACGCCAAGAGUCUCCAUUCUCCGUGGCUCAUCUUUAACCCUGGGGAGGACACCCAUGGGGCCUACCUGACCUGCCGAGUGACCCUGCCUGGGGCAGGAGUGAGCACAGAGACGACAGUGCAACUCAACAUGCACUAUGCCCCCCAGAAUAUGAGCAUCACUGUCUCCUGGAUGGAUGACACAGGCUCAGAAGUUCUGGACGCAGGUCCCGAUGUCUGGGUUCAGCAGGGCCGGUCCGUGCGCCUCGUCUGUGCCGCUGACAGCAACCCCGCUGCUACGUUGACCUGGACCUCGAAGGAACAUAACAUUAAAUUACAGCUUUCUGCUGAUGGGGUCCUGCAGCUGCCUCGGGUGGGCCUGUAUGACCAGGGGAAAUACGCUUGCACAGCGCAAAACGAGUGGGGCAGGGAGAAAGCUUUGGUGUACCUCUUCGUGAAGCCCUCCCAACAGUUGCUGGGCCCCUUCUGCACCUGGGAAGCCUGGGGUGUGCACUGCACUUGUGCUGCCCAUGGAUUCUCCAACCCCUCCCUGCACUGGCGCCUAGGGCAGCGGCUGCUGGAACAGAACAGCAGUGAUGCCUCCUUCACGGUCACGGUCACCUCCAUUUCGGCUGGCUGGACCAACAGCUCCCUGAGUCUCCACAGGAAGCUUACCUCAGACCUCAGGCUCAGCUGUGAGGCAGGGAGCGGCUUGGAGGAACGGAGUGUGUUUUUCCUGCUGCCAGUUCCGCAAGGAACCCCGGGGUCCAGGACAGGACAGGUCCUGGGAGCCCUCGGAGGAGCAGGUGCCACAGCCCUGCUGGUUGCCUGUCUGUGCCUCCUGUUCUGUGGGUGA